AUGGACAGAUAUGAGAACGGAGCAUCUCCGCAGAGAACGGAGCAUCUCCACAGAGAACGGAGCAUCUCUACAGAGAACGGAGCAUCUCCAACAGAGAACGGAGCAUCUCCACAGAGAACGGAGCAUCUCCACAGAGAACGGAGCAUCUCUACAGAGAACGGAGCAUCUCCACAGAGACCGGAGAAUCUCCACAGAGAACAGAGUCUCCACAGAGAACGGAGCAUCUCCACAGAUAACGGAGCAUCUCCACAGAGAACGGAGCAUUUCCAUAGAGAACGGAGCAUUUCCAUAGAGAACGGAGCAUCUCCACAGAGAACGGAGCAUCUCCACAAAGAACGGAGCAUCUCCACAGAGAACGGAACAUCUCCACAAAGAACGGAGCAUCUCCACAGAGAACGGAGCAUCUCCACAGAGAACGGAGCAUCUCUACAGAGAACGGAGCAUCUUCAUAGAGAACGGAGCAUCUCCAACAGAGAACGGAGCAUUUCCACAGAGAACGGAGCAUCUCUACAGAGAACGGAGCAUCUCCAACAGAGAACGGAGCAUCUCCACAGAGAACGGAGCAACUCUACAGAGAACGGAGCAUCUCCAACAGAGAACGGAGCAUCUCCACAGAGAACGGAGCAUCUCUACAGAGAACGGAGAAUCUCCACAGAAAACGGAGCAUCUCCACAGAGAACGGAGCAUCUCUACAGAGAACGGAGCAUCUCCAACAGAGAACGGAGCAUCUCCACAGAGAACGGAGCAUCUCUACAGAGAACGGAGAAUCUCCACAGAAAACGGAGCAUCUCCACAGAGAACGGAGCAUCUACACAGAGAACGGAGCAUCUCUACAGAGAACGGAGCAUCUCCAACAGAGAACGGAGCAUCUCCACAGAGAACGGAGCAUCUCUACAGAGAACGGAGAAUCUCCACAGAAAACGGAGCAUCUCCACAGAGAACGGAGCAUCUCCACAGAGAACGGAAUGUUUACACAGCAGACGCAAAAUCACUUCAUAA